GCCAUUUGGAGCAACUCGAACGGCGGCUACGUGCCAUUCCAUUUCAUCCGCUCGUCCGUCCACAUCCACUUGCGUUUUUUGCGCCCCUGCCAGUGCAAGCGAGAGAGAGGCCAUGUGAAACGCAAAACAACAAAAAAAAAACAAAACAAAAAGCGAAAAAAAAAAUAAAAAACCCACACCGCCCACUGGUCUCAAUCCCAUUUCCAUUACCAUCAGCCAUUGCCAGCACCACCAUUCCCACAUAUUCCGUAUUCCCAGCUCAGUUCGUGUUUCGUGAUCAUAGCUCUCAGUCGGAUAGCUCGACUUCGGCUCCGCUUCGGCUUUUUGGCUCUUCUCGUGGCAGAGCGUUGGCGCCUCAGCUCAGGGACAAAAUACGUAUACGCCGUACGGCUUCUGCGUCGCCGUCAACAUCCCUGCCGAUUCAGUUCUGAUUGGAGGUUCGUGCGCGGCGUUUCCUCAGCUGUUUUGUUGCCCCUAUUUUUGCCUUUUUGCUUCGUGCUUCGUUUCUUUUGCCAAUUACGUGUAACCACCACCACCACCACCACCACCAGCAAUCGGUAAAACAAAAACCACACACAACUACAACUACAAAAAACAGUGCUCAAGUGUUGCAAGCUUUCCGCCGAAUAAACCUCAAAAAACGGAUUACUAAGAAUCUUCUAAGAAUCUUCGCACGCCCUGGAAUAUAUGUUGUGACGGCUCCCAACGACUGUCAGGCAGCAAGGAGAGUCCCAGAGCAGGAUAUUCGCAGGACCUUAGAUGAACCGAAUUGCCAAUCGAGACCACCAUCCAAUUGCAUGAGGACAUAGAAGACCACAACGUCGCACACUCUCACAGACCACGCUUAGUGACACAACCACGGCCUCCAAAUGAAGAUGGCAUCCCAACGAUUCUGCCUGCGGUGGAACAACCAUCAGAGCAACUUGCUGUCCGUCUUCGAUCAGCUGCUCCACGCAGAGACCUUCACAGAUGUGACGCUGGCCGUCGAGGGGCAAUACCUAAAGGCACACAAGAUGGUGCUAUCUGCAUGCAGUCCCUACUUCAACGCCCUCUUCGUAAACCAUCCGGAAAAGCAUCCGAUUGUCAUUCUGAAAGACGUGCCCUACUCGGACAUGAAAUCCCUGCUGGACUUCAUGUACAGGGGCGAGGUGUCCGUGGACCAGGAGCGACUCACUGCAUUCCUGCGCGUGGCCGAGAGCCUGCGCAUCAAGGGCCUCACCGAGGUCAAUGACGACAAACCCUCGCCGGGGGCAGCUGGAGCGGCAGCAGGCGCCGGAGCUGGAGCCGCCGGCUCCGAGAACACGCCCACUCCCCCACAGCUGCAGCGCAUCCAGCCGUACCUGGUGCCACAGCGCAGCCGGGCGCAAGGCGGCGGUCUGCUGGCCAGCGCCGCCACUGCCGGAAACACUCCCGCCCUGCCGGUGCAGCCGUCGCUGCUCAGCUCAGCCCUGAUGCCCAAGCGGAAGCGCGGCCGGCCCCGCAAGCUGUCGGGCAGCUCGAACGGCACUGGAAACGACUACGACGACUUCGAGCGCGAGAACAUGAUGAAUGACUCCGACCUAGGCAACGGCAAACUGGGCAACGAAUCCUACUCCGGCAACGACGACGGCUCCGACGACAACCAGCAGGAUGCGGGCCACAACGACGAUCUUAAUGAAAGCCACGACUCUCUGCCCACGAAGCGAUCAAAGAGCGCCAAGGAUCACCGAAUGGCCGCCCAGCAAGAGGACAACAGCACUUCCGAUGGCAACGACAGCGAUGGCGACGCUAUGGACACCUCGUACAUGGAGCCCCAGCUGAUGCUGGACGAGUACGACGAGCCCGUGGAAUUCAAGUACAACCCGCUGACGGAAAACAGCUCACCAACGCAAGACCAGACCGACGGAAUCCAGCACCUCAACGAACAGGCGCGCCAACAGGCCUUCCUCAUCGCCGCCCAGCGGAAGCAUCAGGCGGAAGCCGCAGCUGCGGCGAGUGGCGGCAUCAAGCUGAACAUUCUGGGAAUGGCGGCUGGCGGGGCACAGGUGAAGAGCAUGGUCAGCAUACCCAAACUGACGCCGAUCGGAAAGGCCAAUGCCGCCUCAACGCCGCUGGUGUCACCCGCCUCCUCCUCGGUGACAGGGACACCCAAGGCGCGCGUCCAAAAGCGUGCCAAGCUGAGCAAGCAGAAUGGUGAUGUUAAGCCGGUGUUCCCGGGCACCGAUUACCUCGAUCUGUACAACAGCAACGAUGGCUUCAAGUUCAAGGCCGGUUCGCUGAGCGGCAGUACGCCGAACCUGAGCUCCGGAGUGGGUGUUGGCGGCACACCGUCGGUGAAGACCAAGCUGAACCUGAGCAGCAAUGUCGGCGAGGGCGAGGCGGAGGGCUCCGUGCGCGAUUACUGCACCAAAGAGGGCGAGCACACGUACCGGUGCAAGGUCUGUUCGCGUGUCUACACGCACAUCAGCAACUUCUGCCGGCACUAUGUGACCUCGCACAAGCGGAACGUGAAGGUCUACCCGUGCCCGUUCUGCCUUAAGGAGUUUACCCGCAAAGACAACAUGACGGCGCACGUAAAGAUCAUCCACAAAAUCGAGAAUCCCUCCACCGCACUGGCCAGCGUGACGGCGAACCUGGGCGGCCAAGCACUGACCGUAUCGGCGGGAUCGACGCCACCGCCACCGGAUCUGAGUGGCCAGAAUUCGAAUCAGUCGCUGCCCGCCACCAGCAAUGCUCUGUCCACCUCCUCCUCCUCAUCAACGUCCUCGUCGAGCGGGUCGCUGGGACCGCUGACGGCGGCCACCACACCAGCCGCACCCGCCGCAGCGGCGCAGUAAUCUCCUCGCCGGAGGAGCUUGAUACAAAAAAAAAACAAACAAAAAAAAAAUAGCAAUCAGGAGAUGAGAUGAGAUGAGAGUCCAGAAUAAGCAUAGUAGCGCCAGGCGCCAUUCGGGAGCUUAAGCAGUUAAAGUAGAUUUUUUUGUUGAUUUUGUUUUUUAGUUUUUUACUUGGCUUUGACUAUUAUUUAAUUUUUUUAUAUGAACAUGCCCGCCGGCAACAUGGAAAUCUCCAGAGCCAGCCAGUUAAGUGGUGGCCUCCACCCCAUUUUUAUGUUGUGCAAUUAUUUCAAUUACAAUAACAAUUGAUUACCAAUCAUAUUUCGACCUGAAUUUUUGUUUUCUGAACCCGAUCAGAACACAAUGCUUUUCAAAUCCAACUACCCACUACUCGGUAGUGUCCUCCAAGACGCAAAAUCAAGAGUACAAACAAAAGAGGUACUCGUGGCUGACAUUUCAAAAAAAAAAAAAACAAAACAAAAAAAUAAAAAUAACUAUCCAUUUAAGCAUAUUAUUGGACACCAGAGCGGCCUUAUUAAUUAGGUGAAGUGUAUUUGGAUCUGUCCGAUCCGAUACACUAAAAAAAAAAAAACAACCGAAACUAAACCGAAACCUGCACUUUUAGAUAAUUAAACUAUAUAUACACGCCGAUGCAUAUGUUAUAUAUAUAAUUAUAUCUAUAAACAUUGAAUGGUAUGUCUAGGCCGUAGUUGUACUAAUUAAUUUAUCAUUAUCGCUAUGUUCUAUACGCUAAAAUUUAAAAUACUGUCUAAUAUUAGGAUCUAACAGAGAUCUAAGAAUCUAAGAACGGAAUCGGUAUCGGAAUCGGAAUCGGAAUCGGAAUGAGGAACCAAUUAAUUGUUAAUCAUGCGAGAGGGAGCGCAAAUCUACCUUGUUGCCUUCAAAUGAAGCUAGUUAAAAGUUAAAUCCGAGUCUGGGACGAGGUCGAAGGACCCCCAGUACCCGUGUUCUACCCGCACAUCCCUACACACUCACUCCUACACACCUCCUCCCCAUUUGAUCGCAACUCCUCCUCGGAUUUUCAACGAAAGAUUGCAAAUGUUUCGUCGAACUGAAGUCGGGGGGCAGGAUCAUAAAUAUAUUUUUGUAACUACAGAUAGUAACCGCAACAAUAAUAAUUGUAAUGAUAACGAAAGUAAUAUUAACGAGCAUAAAGUAAACCUAAUUUAUCAAUCUAUUAAACGAUUUAUGUUGUAUAUCGGAGGCUUAAAUUAUCGCCAAAGAAAAUGAAAAACAAAAAACUAAAAACAGAAGCAGUUUAAAUCCAACACAGCAGCAGCAGCAGAAGCAGCAGCCAAUAGAAAUCAGAAGAACAUUGUUGUUGAAGCAAAACGAUCUCCAAUAAAAAGAAAUACGAAAAAAACCAUACAAAAAAGGGUUAAAAAUACGCAAUUUAAUUAACUAAUUAUUCCUCAAGUCAUGUUGCAAUUCGAGAGCAAAGGAAUUGAAAGUAAAAAAUAUUAAAAACUGAAAACUGCAGAGAAAACAAAGUGAAACAAAAUUAAGCGCAAUCAAAUAAUAAACAAGCUGCGUACGCUAAUUUAUUAAAUAAUUUUUGUUUUUAAUUCUUUAUUUAGUGGUAGCUAGUGCAAUUUAGUGAGUAAGCCGCCCAAAACCACACACACCACCCCCUAACCCUAUAAAUCCUAUAAACCACCAUCCACCCAAACCACUCUCUUUUUGGCGUUAAUUUAAAAACAAUCAACACGUUGUUUGUACUAUAUAUUUACUUUAUUUUUAGUCUACUUUUUAUAUAAAAUAUGUUUACAUAUAUUUUUGCAUUCAAAGAACUAAACUCUAGAGCCUUCAGCAAUUUUCUCGCUUUCAAAAAAAACACACAAAACAAACACACACCAGAAAUCCAAAUCUCGAAAUCUUUACGAGGAAAAAUCUUCAAAUAUGCAUAUAUACUGUAUCGAGUUAUAUAUUCAUAUAUUUAUAUAGUGAGAGUCAUGCUUUGAUGCCCAAAGAAAUAAGAGAUAUAUGUACGAGAUAUAUAUAUAUUUCAUCAGAUACCAGAUCAGAUCUAUCCAAAAUGCAAGAUGAGAAAUGAGAAAAUUGUCUGGAAUUGUUGGUAAACAUGGUUUCCGUUAAAAAACUAGCUAAGGAGCUAAAUUAGCUAAUUAGAUACACUACGAUAUAUGAUAUACUUUAAAUAUAUAGUAAUUACAAAUUAGUGAAUCACACGCAAUAUUAAUCAAGCAGAACAUUAUAUAUUAUCGUUUAAAACUGACCAACAGAAGGAGAAUAAAAUACACGAUGCAAAUAAAAAACAAAAUCAGUUCUGGAACACAAACUUGA